AGUACAGGACGCCCCAUCUGGCCUCGCCUUCUCUGGCCGGGAUUAGUAAACAUUUACGAAUCGCGUAAAGACGGUACCCGGGUGGAUGAGAGACUGUCCAGCGGGCCGGUUUGCACCCAAAAUACGUCUACCGGGCGCUUUGUCCCCGAGGACAGAAGCGACAAAAGUUAGCCAACAGCCAUGGCGUUGAAGAUUGUUAAAGGGAGCAUCGAUCGGAUGUUCGAUAAAAACCUUCAAGAUUUAGUACGUGGCAUUAGGAAUCACAAGGAAGAUGAGGCUAAGUACAUCUCUACCUGCAUCGAUGAGAUCAAGCAGGAGCUCAAGCAGGACAACAUUGCUGUCAAGGCCAAUGCUGUGUGCAAGCUCACCUACUUGCAGAUGCUGGGCUAUGACGUCAGCUGGGCUGCAUUCAACAUCGUGGAAGUCAUGAGCUCCUCCAAAUUCACAUACAAGAGAAUUGGUUACCUGGCCGCCUCCCAGUGCUUUCAUGAGAGCACUGAUGUAAUCAUGCUGACAACCAAUCAGAUCCGAAAGGAUCUGAGCAGUCCUAACCAGUACGACACAGGCGUGGCUCUCACUGGCCUCUCCUGCUUCGUGACCCCUGACCUGGCUCGGGACCUGGCCAAUGACAUCAUGACUCUGAUGUCCCACACAAAGCCGUACAUCAGGAAGAAGGCAGUCCUGAUCAUGUACAAGGUGUUCCUGAAGUACCCUGAGUCUCUGCGCCCAGCUUUCCCCAGGCUGAAGGAGAAACUGGAAGACCCAGACCCUGGGGUCCAGUCAGCGGCUGUUAAUGUCAUCUGUGAGCUGGCCAGGAGAAACCCUAAGAACUACCUGUCUCUGGCGCCGCUUUUCUUCAAACUCAUGACCUCCUCCACCAACAACUGGGUCCUCAUCAAGAUCAUCAAGCUGUUUGGUGCCCUCACACCCCUGGAGCCUCGCUUGGGGAAGAAGCUGAUUGAGCCCCUAACAAACCUCAUCCACAGUACCUCGGCUAUGUCACUUCUAUAUGAAUGUGUCAACACUGUGAUAGCAGUGUUGAUUUCCCUGUCCUCUGGGAUGCCCAAUCACAGUGCUAGUAUUCAGCUCUGUGUCCAGAAACUGCGAAUCCUAAUUGAAGACUCGGACCAGAACUUGAAGUACCUGGGCCUGCUGGCCAUGUCCAAGAUACUGAAGACUCAUCCCAAGUCUGUCCAAUCCCACAAGGACCUCAUCCUUCAGUGUCUGGAUGACAAGGACGAGUCCAUCCGCCUGAGGGCUCUAGACCUGCUCUACGGCAUGGUGUCCAAGAAGAACCUGAUGGAGAUAGUGAAGAAGCUGAUGCUGCACGUGGACAAAGCAGAGGGAACCACUUACAGAGACGAGCUGCUCACCAAGAUCAUCGACAUCUGCAGCCAGAGCAACUACCAGUACAUCACCAACUUUGAAUGGUACAUCAGUAUCCUGGUGGAGUUGACCCGUCUAGAGGGCACGCGGCACGGCCACCUCAUCGCCUCCCAGAUGCUGGACGUAGCCAUCCGGGUGAAGGCCAUCCGAGCCUUCGCCGUGGCCCAGAUGGCUGCUCUGCUGGACAACGCCCACCUGCUGACCGGCAACACACAGCACAACGGCAUCUGUGAGGUGCUGUACGCCGCCGCCUGGAUCUGUGGAGAGUUCUCAGAACACCUGGAGGAUCCCAUGGCGACCCUGGAAGCCAUGCUGCGGCCCAAGGUGGCCACCCUGCCGGGCCACAUCCAGGCUGUGUACGUGCAGAACGCUGCCAAGCUGUUUGCUACGGUGCUGCGCGGCCAGGAGGGGGCGCCAGCGGACAGCAAGGUGACCCAGGAGACCAGCCAGCUGCUCAUUGACAGGCUGCCUGUGUUUGUCCAGAGCGCCAACCUGGAGGUGCAGGAGAGGGCCUCCUGCAUCCUGCAGCUGGUGAAGUACAUCCAGAAGCUGCAGCAGAAGGACGUGGAGGUGGCUGAGGAGGUGACUGCUCUGUUUGCUGGAGAGCUCAACCCUGUGGCCCCCAAGGCACAGAAGAAAGUGCCGGUUCCUGAAGGUCUGGACCUGGAUGCGUGGAUCAAUGAGCCUCCGUCUGGGAGUGAGUCUGAGGAUGAGGGCAGGAAGUCCAAGGGCAAGGCUGUAUUUGCCAAGGAGGAGUCCAGACACACCAAGCCACGCUACACUGAGGUGGACGAGAAGGAACUGGCCAAGAGGAGAGAAGUAAGGAAGGCCGAGCAGGCCAACAACCCCUUCUACAUCAAGGCCUCCCUGUCCUCUCAGAAGGUGUACCAGGAUGCUGUUGGUGUGGAGCACAUUCCAGUGGUGCAGAUUGACCUCAGUGUGCCUCUCAAAGUCCCAGGGAUGCCAAUGUCAGACCAGUAUGUGAAGCUGGAAGAGGAGCGUCGGGAGAAAAACAAGGCAGACAGGAAGAAGAAGGACAAGAAGAAGAGGAGGGAGAAGGGCCGCCGGAGGAGGGGGGACUCGGGCCCAGAGAGCGAGGAGGACAUCACCCCUGCACACAUGGUGGACAUCGUCACUGAGGAGAUGCCAGAGAAUGCCUUGCCCAGUGAUGACGAUGACAAAGAUCCUAACGACCCCCACAAAGCUUUGAACAUCGACCUGGACAAUUUGCUGGUGGCAUCUCGCAGGCCCCUGGCAGACAGUGAGAAGAAGCUGCCAGUCAGGACACACCGUCCCGAUGAGGUCCUCAAGAGCCCCGUAGAGGACGGGGAGGGGUUGGAGGUCGCUUCAGAGCCCAAGAAGAAGAGCGGGAAGGAGAAGAAGGAUAAGGACAAGGAGAGGAAGAAGGGUAAAGAGAUGAAGAAGAAUAAUAAGAAGAAGAAACACAAACAAGAGGAAGGGGAGGAUCUUAUGGAGGCUGGGUCAGAGGAACCUGUCCAAUCAGAAGUGACCAACGAUGUGGCAGCCCAGCCUCCUGCCUCCACACCAGAGGCUUCGGAUCUGGAUUUCUGGCUCUCAAAUGCUCCAGUGCCCUCUAACCCUCAGGAGGCAGCAGCAGUAACGGACGCUCCCCCUGCCUCCACCCCUGAGGUGGCUUCUGGUGUGGCUGCGGUGGCACCAGACUCUGAACCUGAAGAGACUAAAUCCUCCAAGCACAAGAAGAAGAAGCAGAAAAAGGAGGAGAAGGACAAGAAAAAGAAGAAGAAGCACCACCAUCAUCAUCACCAUAGUGAUGGAUCCGGAGACGAGUCUGUGCAGAACGGCACGGUGGAGGAGGAGGAGCCUCUGCCGCCCAUGUCCAAUUACGCCCUGCUGGCUGAGAACUCCUACAUCAAGAUGGUGUGUGACAUCCAGGGGAACCUGCAUGAUGGUAGCCAGGUGGUGGUCUCUGUUAUCUUUGAGAAUAAGUGUGACAGCUUCAUCAAGUCCAUGGAGUUGAACGUGCUGGACUCUCUCAACUCCAAGCUGCAGCGGCCUGAGGGAGCCGGUCCACACGACAGCCUCACCGUGCCCUUCCAACUGCCCCCCGGGAUCUCUAACGAGGCACAGUUCAUCUUCUCAGUGCAGAGCAUUGUGAUGCCCCAGAAACUGAAGGGAACCCUCACCUUCAUAGUCAAGACUGAUGAUUCCUCCACUCACGAGAAACUAGACUUUAAACUGCACUUUACCUGCACCUCAUACCUGAUCACCACUCCCUGCUACAGUGACGCAUAUGCUAAGCUGUUGGAGUCAGGGGACCUCAAGGGAAGCUCUCUGAAGCUGGAGGGAGUCAACCAGCCUUUCCACCAUCUACUGGCCAGGAUCUGCUUCCACCACCACUUCUCUGUGGUGGAGAGGAUUGCUUCCUGUGCCUCCAUGUACAGCAGGUCAAUCCAGGGUCACCACGUGUGUCUGCUGGUCAAAACUGCUGAUCAGACAGUGUCCAUCGAUGCUAAAUGUGACGAGCCGGGGCUGCUUGGGAAUGUGCUGGAUGAGAUCAAGCUGACCUUCUCUCAGUGCUGAUUGUGUGUCUGACAGUCCCUUGGUGCCCCCCUACCCUCUGCUCAACCCCUCCUUCACUGAAAAACACAUAUAAUCAUGUUACAAACACUGUGGCUGGCACUCUGUUUCACCCUAUUAAUUAGUCCUCAGAAUCACACAUUUCCUUGACUCCCCUCUUACACUCAGAACUGCUCUUUCUCCUUCACUGUUUAACUGAUUUGCUCUAUGCUCACCCCCUCUGUGCACUUUUAGUUUCACUUCCUUGUUUCGAACCACUCUUCCUCUCCACUUAGUUCCACUGUCAGAAUACUGGUUUUCCCUGCUUCCUCCCUUCUAUCUCUCUCAUUGGCAUUACAAUCUGUGACAGUCAUGCUGACAACUGGACUUUUUUUUUGUUGUUGGUUGAAUUGUGUUUUUACUGUUUUGAAUUGUUUUUGUUUGUUUGUUGAUGUUUGACGUCCGUCUGCGCCUUUCCCCCUUGUUGCAUUAAACAUCAGCGUGUUACUACUAAUCUCCUCUAUAGUCCCGUAGAAUGUGUGACUUCCUCUGACUGGCCCUAGCUGGAAACAUCAUGUCAACUCUAAACUGCUCAUUGACCUGACCUCCUGUCUGGAGGAGACUGACCUCCCCUCUGGUGUCACUGCUCUAUGCUUCAACUAUGCUAAGCUUCAGUUUGACCCGUGUCACGGUAACAUAUCAAUCCCUAUAAGAAUUGUAAAUGCCUGAGCUGGAAAGUUACACUAAGAGUGUAUUGGAAAAGGAGAAUGCAGGCGGUUCCACUGGGUAUGUUUCUGCAACUUUUUCCAAAAGUGAACAUUGUCCGGUUCCCUUGCUCUGUCUCUUAUUAUAGACAUGGGUAGAAUGGUGUCUUUUUACAAUUGAAUGAUUUAACGCUUUGAUUAUGCUGUAAUGGUGGAAGGAUAUUUUACGGCUCAUCUGCAGUGCUGUUCUGGACUUCUCUCUCUUGCCUCUGCCAUGUCUACAGUAUCUGAAGUGAGUGACAGAAUAAUAUAGAACUUGUGGCAAAUGAAGGCCAGCUAUCACAUAUUGCAGCUAGAGAGCAGCUAGCGCCUCUCACGUGGCUUUGCUAUAAUAGCAGGCUCUCCAUACUUAACUGUUCAAGUUCUCCUAUAUGUUGAUAGACUUCGUUUGGGAUCUCCUAUGGGGAUGGAAGGCUAUUCUAGUCGUAAUUUCAUUCUGCCAGAGCAAUGGUACUUAGUUGAUAUAUUUUAUUUUUAAUCAGUAUUAGCCAAUAUGGCUUCUUGUUUACUACUCCUUUCUUGAGACAGCAAACAAGUCGUCAGUCAAGACGUUUGUCUUUCAUAUCAUCCAAACCUCUUGCGCCUGUGCCACUUUGACUGUCACACUCUACAACACAUCCUACAUGUCACUGAUAUACAGUCAUAAACCGAUCUUACUCCAGUGUUAUCUUCUCUCAGAACUGCCUUGCCACAUCCUGUGCAUUGACACUAUGAUAAACAUGAAUGGUCAUCAUUUAAAUGGCUUCUUCCUUUCAUGACUUGCUCAAAGUACUUGCUGUCUAGUUACUCUCAACACGUCUCACUGCCUGGUCCAGCACGAUGUAGUAGCAACUUUAAACUGAUCCCAUCAUUUUUUUGUUUGUAUCCCAACUAACCCGCAUUCCUGUCUUGCAAGUGUAGAUGAGCCAUUCCAUUAGCUUCUUCUGAACCAUGUUAGUGUGAGUACAAAGUGAAGAACAUAUCCUUCCUGGAAAAGUGCUUUGAUUUGAGUUACAGAAUGGCAAUGGAAAAAAGCACUUGUAAUCAUACAUUGUACUAAUAAACAUUUCUGUGCAGAGUAUUUCAUUAAAAUUUGUAUCUUGCAUGAUUAGGAAAUGUAUACUUAAAAAUAUAUUUUUUCCCUAUCCAAGGACACACGCAUACAAAACUCCCUUGUCAUUUCAUGAUUGUCUUUUUCUUUCAUAGUUUUUUUAUAUGAAGUGAAAGUUUAAUUAAUCAUGCUACAGUUUUUGAUGGUGUUGUAUUUGUAUCUAUUAAGUUCAUACAAUUCAAAAAUGAUAUAUUUUAAUGUUUUAAAUUAUUUAACUUUGGGGAAGGAGGUUCUAUUUGGUGUCAUGGCGCUGAGAGGAGUAGAGGAGAAAAGCUCUUGGUGGUACAGUUCAGAGAAACUACCCACUUUGUCUUAAUACUUUUCUCUGGUAAAUUGUAGUGAUUAUCUUGCUGAGUUUGGCUUGUGACAUUAAAAUAUAUUCUCAUC